AUGCCGAAACGAGUGGAUGACAGUGACGAUUCCAGCAUCGAAGAGAUUCGAUCAAAUCCCCAGGCUUUCAACCUUCAAGUUACUUUGGGAGAGGCAUUGGUGACUCCCCCAGCCCGUCAUGAACGUGGAGCCGCCUCGUCUGCCACACGUGCUGGGUUGUCCGGCAGCCUGGCAAGCUCUUCGAGACCUGAGUCAUCACCUGGUCCUUCUCACAGCCUGCCUGCUCGUUUUUCUGAGUCAGACAGCUCAGAGAAGAAGAAGAAGGACUUAAAAUGUAGAAAAAAUGAGACCACGAAGAAGGCUGAGAAGAAAGUCCAGAAACACCACACCAAAGAUAAGAAGAAGGACAAGAAAAAAAAACUAGCGGAUGAUGAUGAAGCUGCUAGCGACCCCCCGUCUCUUUCCGAACAUCGUCCUUUGGAUGGUGAUGAUGAUGAUGCUGAUGGGGAUGGUCCUCCUGGGGUCCUUGAGGGUUCAUGUCCCAAAGACCCCAAACCUACCAAGAAGCCUGCUGCAAAGGGUACAGGAGCGACUCGUAGGCCCAGCAAGCGUCCUGCCAGCAAGAAGCAUGACGACGGCUGUGACACCGAGCCAGCGCAGGAUGGCAAGGCAUCCAUCCAGGAAUGCAUUGACAUGUUGGACCCUCCAGAGGUUUCCCAGCCAUGCAUGCCGGGCACGUACGUCCCUGUGACUCCCGACAAUCAGGAGACUCCAAAGUAUGAUGGUGCUUUGGAAGGUGAUUCCCUACUUUUGGACCCCGAGGAGAAAGCCGAUGCCCCAGCCAAAGAAGACAAGGAGAACCCCGGCAGAAAGGGCCAACUACGAAGGUUGAGAAAGUGCCUUAGUUUCGAUGAGGUGGACACUGCUGAUGGAGAGCUCUCCGGAGCAGCGGAAGCACUUUCCAAAGAGAAGGAAUCUGUGGAGAAGUUCCUCAACGAACAUGUGGCUAUGGCAUGUGAAGACAGCCUCUCAGCCGAAAGAGAAGCUGAUAGGCUGAUCGCCAAGUUGUUGGAAAAGCCUGGAUGUCAUGAAGAACCUGGAGAAGAACUCGCUGAAAAUAUCACACCCACUGUGGCAGAAAUGACUCCUGACAAAGCUCCACUUUCGCCAACUUGGAGCCUCUCUCCCGAAGCGCAGUUCAAACCUCCCAGGGCCAACCGACCUGUGCAAGCCCCAAAGCCACGGUCCACCGCAGCCAAGUCAGCCCCGAAGAGCAAGCCUACUUCAAAGGAGAACCGCGACCCGAACAAGGGAAAGGAUGACAACAAGAAGAAGGCCCCCACCAAGACUGAGAAGAAACUUGAUGGGAAGAACCUGCCUGCCGACGAGUUGGACCCGACCAACACCAGUGAGAAACCAGCUGCCAAAGUUCCUGGCAGGAAGAGAGGUAGGGUGCCUACAGAGACCGUUGAGAAGACUCCUUCCGGCAGUUCUGUGACCAAGAAGGGCAAACGUGCCAAGAAGGACGCAGACAAAGGUGCUGAGGAUGACAAAGACAAGGACACCAACUCUGACAAGAAAGACACGGCCGUCCCAGAGAUGGAAGAGGAGAAGCCAAAGGAGAUGGGAGAGGAGAUGAAAGAUGAAGAUGUGAAGGUCUACGCGGACGGAUGGACCGAUUUGUUAUUGAAGAAGAAGUUGCACUCAGUGCCCUAG